GGGGCGGAGUCGGGCCUGAGGCCUGGAGCGGAGCGGAGCGGAGCUGGGGGUCCCGCCGCCCAGCAGCGGGCGGGUAGCGCGCCGGGAGCGCCCCGCGCAUCUUCUGCCCGGCGCUGUACGGCAGCCUGUGAGCGGCUGAGCCUCGGCUCCGCUCUGCCCUUAGCCGGGCGGGCGGCGUUGAGAGGACCUGCCGGGCGGUCAGUCCUUAAAUCACGCGAGGAAAACUUUCCUAUACUUGGCAAACAAAGACCUAUAAGCAAGCUGCCGUUCCAGGACACACCUCCCGUGCAGGAAGGCCGAGGGAGAGCAGAGGUCGUUGCCUUGGCUGCAGCUCUCUACGAGCAUAGGUCUCCUCAGAGCUCUGUGCAGGGAAUGGCCUGCCUGUUGGAGUGCUCUGAGGCCGGCUGUGCUGGGCUGAGUGCUGCACUAACGCUGAGACGUUGGGGGAUAUCGGGUUUGGUUUCCCUUUUAGGAAGGGCAGAUGUUGCUUAGAAAUGCCUUGUGUUGUUAAUGUGCUCAUGCUGCAGAGUUAUUCUUAAUGAAGGUGUGUUCCAGUGAAUGCCUGAGCAUGUACGGGUGAAAGUGCCCAGAAGCGGCAUCUCCCAGGCUGAGGUUUCCAACUGAAACUUUCCUGGGAAAGGUAUAUGUUAACUGGAUGAAAGAAAAAUACCGGUUAGCUUAAGGGCUGCUUAAAAAAGGGCUGCUUAAAAGCUGCCUUUGACAGAAGUUUGCUGGACGUGUAAGCAUCGUUUGGCUGUUCUGUCUGGUAAAUGCCAGCCCUGUGGGUGCAGAGGAGUGGUGCUGGUGGCUGCUGUUCACAUGCAGUGCUUCCCAGCGCUCUGGCAGCAGGCAGGAUAAUGGCAAAGCAUUGUUGGUCUUCUGAGCUCUCACCCAUCUUGCAGCGAGGUGCAGCUGGAGCUGGCUGCCGUUGGGAAAUGGCUUUGGAGCUUGUGGUGUCCUGGCUGCGAUGGUGUGAGAGGAUUUGGCAUAUAGGGACAAGUAAUACAAACCUGAGUGGUAUGCUCAGAAAAGCGGUGGGAAAGGAAAACAUCAGCUGCUUUGGUCCAGAACUUCGCAGUUCUUUUCUUUGGAGGUCAGCUGGUCUGACACAGGGACUUUAUAUUUCUGAACUGUGGGUCUGUCAUUUUUCUUACUAGCCAGUGAGCUGCUUAGAAGUGGCAUACAGCUUAAUGGCAUAUAUAGGCUCACUUCUUUUUUGCCUUUAGCACCUGUGGAGCAGUCCCUGGACUGCCUUCUUACUGCCUCAAGUGUUAGGGAAGACCUGCUGGUGUCACUUUGUGUUGUGGGUUUCCUGUUCUCUUUGCAAAAGGGCAUGGGUGUAUCCUAGCCGUGGGGAGCUGGGUCUGCAUCCGUUUGUGUUGCUUUUGUGGUUGAUGCAUUAGGGAAAACUGUGAAGCUGAAAAUCAGGAAUGUGAGUUCAGCUCUUCAGUAGCGAUCUCUUCCCAAACCUGAGUGUCAAUGCAGUGUAGAGAAUCAAGUGGGUGGUGGUCAGAACCAGACACCAGAAGCAACAAGACCUUGUUAGCUAAUUUUGCCUUUGAUGCAGCUGUUGGUGCACCAGCAUUGUGCAGUAUGGUGACUUUGUAAUGCCUCUGCUGAUGAUGCUGGCAGUUCAGAGAUGCUCGUCUCCAUUCUGUAUAAACAGGAGGGAGAAUGGAUGUUUACAAGAGUUGAUAAUGAUAGGACAAGAGGGAAUGGUUUUAUACUGAGACAAGGGAGGUUCAGGUUGGAUAUUAGGAGGAAGUUUUUCACUCAGGGGGUGGUUAUGCAUUGGAACAGGUUGCCCAAGGAGGCUGUGGAUGCCCCAUCCCUGGAGGCAUUCAAGGCCAGGCUGGAUGUGGCUCUGGGCAGCCUGGGCUGCUGGUUGGCAACUCUGCACAUAGCAGGGGUUGGAACUGGAUGAGCAUUGUGGUUCUUUUCAACCCAGACCAUUCUAUGAUUCUUUGUUUCCCAAAUGUUUUUUGUGUGGGUAGAUAAUAGGUUUCACACCAAAAUGUAUCUGCCAAGUUCUUUUCAAGGUUAUUAAAAUAUAUGUGGAGGCAGCUUUGUGAUGCAGAUAGAAGAAGCAAAAUGCAGCAGCAUGUUUAGAUGUCACAGAGUAUGUGAUAGAUGCAGCCCUCUCAUAGGAAAUGUCUGGAAUUGAUCUCUCAGAGCUCAGGUUCUACAUGUAAACAGUUAAUACAUACAUAUGCAGCACACUGGCACACAUAUUCAUUCUUUUCCAAGAACUCAUUAAAGUCCCUCUGUUUGUGUCCCUCUGGGCAUGUGCAGUUGCAUUGUGGGUGGUUGUACGCCCACUUACUUUAUGCCCAUUCUCCCACCACUGGUUUCAUCACUGAGACUUUUGGUUGACCUGUAGCUGUUUUUCCCCAAUUUUGCAAACUUCCAUUGCUUGUUAGGCCAUAAUGAGCAACUUCCAAAACAAUGUGUGUGAAAAUCCAAGGAAAGCAUCCUUGCACUUGGUGAAAUGGAGAUCAGUAGUCUGUCAUGACUCCAGUGCUGCUUGUGAAGUGGAAUUAAGAGAAAACAAGGCUGAUCACACACAAAGCAAAGCAGGACUAGCACUCAUUGAUUCCUUUCGCUACACUAAUAUAUUGCUCCUCAAACUAAUAUACUGAUCUCUGUUGCUAAACAAACCAGCCUGCAUCAUUACUCAGCAGCCAUCUCUUCCUGCCAAGCGUAUGUUCUGCAGCUUAGAGUGACUUUAGAGGAAACCAGAGCUUGCUCCUCUGGAGAUGAGGAUGUUGUCAAGAGGCAGGAGCUGCAUGUGCAUCUUGUGUAGGAGAUGAACGUCCUCUGUGGGAGUGCAUAGCGAGGAUCCUUUGUACUUCUGUGAAUAUCAGAAUAUGUAACUUUAUACACGCAUAGAAGUCUGCAUGCCAUGAAGGUGUGAGCUGGCCCAGGGGCUGGCUGUAACUGCCAUGCAGUUACAUGGCACUGCAGGGCUGCAGUGCCCUGGAGAGCUCACUUAUCCUCUGGUAUGCUGCCACUGCUGCACAGCAGGUCUGCUGUUCUGUGUCUGUCCAUCUCUUGUUUCUGAACGCUCUUACCUUGUUUCUUGGCUGGUCUUUAGAGUCUGUUGCUCUCAAUUAGGGGUGACUUCUCAGAAUUGAGGAGUUAGAACUGAGAUUUGACACAAAUGAGGCCCAUUUGGUGCUGCUUUGGACACCUCUGAAGGGGAAAUGAAGUUAAUGGGAAUGAAAAAGAGAAGUUUGCUAGGACUCAAAGAAAAUAAUAAUAAGUUCAGCACUGGGGCUCCCUCACCAACCAAACGCAAGGAUAGGUCUGAAGAGAAAUCAAAGGACCGAUCCAAGGACAAAGCAGCCACUAAGGAAUCGGGUGAAAAGGAUCGUGGUCGGGACAAGACGCGCAAAAGGCGCAGUGCUUCCAGUGGGAGUAGCAGCACCAGGUCCCGCUCCAGCUCCACUUCCAGCUCAGGAUCCAGUUCCAGCACUGGUUCCAGCAGUGGCUCGAGCUCCUCUUCUGCCUCCAGCCGCUCUGGGAGCUCCAGCACCUCACGCAGUUCCAGUUCCAGCAGCUCCUCUGGAUCCCCCAGUCCGUCCCGACGGAGACAUGACAACAGGAGGCGGUCCCGCUCCAAGUCCAAGCCACCCAAGAGAGAUGAAAAGGAGCGGAAGCGGCGCAGCCCAUCACCCAGACCUACAAAAGUGCAUGUUGGGAGGCUCACUAGAAAUGUCACCAAGGAUCACAUCAUGGAAAUUUUUUCCACUUAUGGAAAGAUUAAAAUGAUUGACAUGCCAGUUGACAGGCUAAAUCCACACCUCUCUAAAGGCUAUGCUUAUGUGGAGUUUGAGAACCCAGAUGAUGCUGAGAAAGCCCUGAAACACAUGGAUGGAGGGCAGAUUGAUGGGCAGGAGAUCACUGCCACAGCUGUACUGGCACCGCGACCCAGACCGCCUCCUCGGCGCUUCAGCCCACCCAGGAGGAUGCUGCCACCACCACCCAUGUGGCGUAGGUCACCCCCUCGCAUGAGGAGAAGGUCCCGCUCUCCCAGGCGCAGAUCUCCUGUUCGCCGGCGGUCGCGGUCGAGGUCUCCCGGACGAAGGCGCCAUCGCAGCCGCUCCAGCUCAAACUCUUCACGAUAAAGCAAACAGAAUGGACAGCUUUUUAUUUUUUAACUUAAAUUCCAUGAAAGUAAAUAUUGUACCUUUUUUAUAAUGGGUCUAGGUGAGAAAGGGAGAGAGGGGGAGAGAGAAUCCUGGCAGUGAAGGUAACCAGAGAGGAGACAGCAACAGUUCCUGGCCAUUAGACAGCCUCUGCUGUGGGGCUUCUAGUUUCCUGGUAUUGAAUUGACAUUAUUGAAAAAUGCUUUUUUUUUUUUAAAUUUUUUUUUAAAGGCUAUAAAACCAACAUCUCAUCUAUCCAGAAGUUUGGAUAGCCCCUUUCUCCAGUUAGCAGACUGCUGCUUGAUGAUUUCUAAAUGCUUAGCAUGCUGUACAGAUGAGCAUGUAAAUCUUGAGCUGUUUUGGAAACGCUGCAGAAUAGGACAGGAAGGCAGUGAACCCAAUUGCUAGGAUUGUCAGAGCGGGUGGAGUCCAGAUUACAAAAUCUGAGCCUUAAUGAGCUGUUGCUUUAUUCUCAUUCCCAAAUGAUGAUUAGUUUCUGCAUAUUGACCUCCUGUAAUGCGUAUACCAGUUGAAUGCUACAGUGACAGUCCAGCCUGCUGAAUACUGUACUUUAGAAAAGAAGCUGGAAAUCUUAAGAACGGGUUUGUAGCUGCUGCCCUGAUUGAUUCCUACCACCUUUUCUUAAAGAUUUUGGUAAGUUUCCUAUUCGGUCCCUUAAGGAAACAAUGCAAGUGCUUCUGCUUUUACAAAUCUCCCCUUAGCAACUGAUUGUCAACCCCUGCAAGGAAACUGCAAGGCAGAGAGGGAGGCUUGAGGCUGUGCUGCUGCCUGGGGAAACGCAAAGAACCACCUAUUGUACAGUCAAUACUAUAAAGUCUUUAUGUUGUUUUUUCUUUA